AUGUUUGGCCCUUUCGCCAGCUUUUUUGGCAAAAUCUUCACCAAAGUGAUUGCACCCAAAGUGCAAGACCAUGUUGCAAACAAAUUGGCAAAUAAUGCCAAGUUUCAAGAAUAUGUUCGGAAGGCUGAAAAUGCUGCAGAGAAUUUAGCGGAUAAGGCUCCAGAUCAUUUGGGAAGAGCCAAAGUGUUCGGAGGUCACUUUUUUACCGAAUUGAAAGCCGUUGUGAAGGAGAUGUUUUCUUUCGGAAAGAAGAAGUGA